CACCCUUCCACCUCAUUCACUAUGUUCACCGCUGCGCGUUCCCUCCGUGCCUCUGUUGCUCGCACUGGCAACUAUGCCGGCAUUCCGCGGUCGCUUAUUGCGAGGAACAUGAACUCAAAAGUUUCCGGCCCGGUGGUCGGUAUUGAUUUGGGUACGACGAACUCUUGCGUCUCCGUCAUGGAGGGCAAGACUUCUCGUGUGAUUGAGAACGCGGAGGGUGCACGGACAACACCGUCCGUUGUCGCGUUCACAAAACACGGGGAGCGUCUGGUCGGCCUUCCAGCCAAGCGUCAGGCAGUUGUCAACUCCCAGAACACUGUCUUUGCUUUCAAACGGUUGAUCGGUCGCCAAUUCAAUGACAAAGAGGUGAAGGAAGACCAGAAGCACUGGCCAUUUACGCUCGUGGCCAAAUCUGAUGGUCGACCAGCUGUCGAGGUUGAGUUGGGAGGGAAGAAGCAGCAAUUUUCCGCCGAAGAACUAUCGUCGAUGGUCCUUUCCAAGAUGCGUGACACUGCCGAACAGUAUCUGAACAAGAAAGUCAACCACGCGGUUGUCACUGUUCCUGCUUACUUCAACGACGCACAGCGACAAGCGACUAAGGAUGCUGGUCAGAUUGCUGGUCUUGAAGUACUCCGUGUCAUCAAUGAGCCUACGGCUGCAGCGCUCGCGUAUGGCCUUGACCGCACAGAUAACUCCGUCAUCGCAGUCUACGAUCUCGGGGGUGGUACCUUUGAUAUCUCUAUCUUGGAGAUGCAGAAGGGUGUAUUUGAAGUGAAGUCGACGAACGGAGACACUCAUUUGGGUGGCGAGGACUUCGAUGUCCUUCUGGUCAACCAUAUUCUGGAUGAGUUCAAGAAGGAGUACGGUGUUGAUAUUAGCGGUGAUCGCGUGGCCAUCCAGCGUAUUCGUGAGGCAGCGGAGAAGGCCAAGAUUGAGCUUUCAUCGACUUCCCAGACGGAACUCAAUCUGCCUUUCAUUACCGCCGACGCCUCUGGCCCCAAGCAUAUCAACCAAAAGCUUAACCGGUCGCAGUUCGAAGCCCUUGUCGCCCCUCUCAUUCAGCGCACCUUUGACCCGUGCAAGAAGGCUCUUACGGAUGCCGGUGUAAAAGCCAGUGACGUCAAUGAAGUCAUCCUUGUCGGCGGUAUGACUCGCAUGCCUCGCGUUGUCGAGACUGUGAAGUCUAUCUUUGGUCGCGAGCCCUCGAAGGGUGUCAAUCCCGAUGAGGCGGUUGCUAUCGGUGCUUCCAUCCAAGGCGGUGUGCUCGCCGGCAAUGUCACCGAUAUCCUCCUGCUCGACGUCACCCCUCUAUCGCUUGGUAUUGAGACUCUUGGCGGUAUCAUGACGAAGCUCAUCUCGCGCAACACUACUAUCCCCACUAAGAAGUCUCAGGUCUUUUCUACCGCUGCUGAUGGCCAAACCGCGAUUGAAGUCAAGAUAUUCCAAGGCGAGCGUGAGCUCGUCCGGGAUAACAAGAUCCUCGGAAACUUCAACCUCGUCGGUAUUCCUCCCGCUCCUAAGGGCGUCCCUCAGAUCGAGAUCACCUUUGAUAUUGAUGCCGAUGGUAUCGUACAUGUCACCGCGAAGGACAAGGCUACCAACAAGGAUCAGUCGAUGACUAUCGCUUCUUCGUCUGGCCUCAGUGACAAGGACAUCGAGCGCAUGGUCUCUGACGCUGAACAGUUUGCUGAGGCCGACAAGGCUCGUCGGGACCUCAUUGAAGAGUCGAACAAGGCUGAGUCUGUGUGCGUUGACACUGAGAAAGCGAUGACCGAGUUCAAAGACCAAUUGGAUGCUACCGAGAAGGAGAAGGUCACCAAGCACCUCGUUGAGCUUCGUGAGCUCGCCGUCAAAGGUCAGGCUGGUGACGAAUCUGUUACUGCCGAUGCCAUCCGCGAGAAGAUCAACGAGGCUCAGCAGGCUUCGCUUGGUCUUUUCCAGAAGGUCUACGAGAAGCGUAACGCGGAAAACAACGCCUCGUCUUCAUCAGAGAGUACUGAAAACCCGGAGAAGAAGGAUUAAAUGCCUUUUUCCAUGUUUUAGCCUUCUCUCUUUUGGAACUCUUUCGCAUCUCAUCGACUUACCUUAUGAUCGCUCUGCACCUUACGUCUUCGAUUCGUCUCAUCGCUUUUUAUCUGCAUGUCCACCCUACACUCACUCAUAGAGCACUUGCUUAAAAGUACCCUUCGCAUCGUUAUGACCUCUCGUACAUUACUCACGUCCUACAUCGCAUCACCCCCACUGGCGCAUAUAUUCGGUUCUGGUUUUAUCUCGUAUCCCCACUACAGCCCCCCACCCCCCCGCUCAGUAGUUAUUCCGUUUUUUUUUCGUCCUUGCCAUGAUCACUCCUGUAUGUCCCUCAUGGUCUCCUUGUUGCAGCAAUGUAGUGGCGGAUGAAAUGCC